AUGAGCUCUGGACCAUUGUAUCUGGGUUUCGACCUCUCGACCCAGCAAUUAAAAGCUAUCGUCGUAUCCUCGGACCUCAAGGUCGUCUCCGAGGCCAAGGUCGACUUUGACGCCGACUUUGCCGCCAAGUACGGCAUCAGAAAGGGCGUGCUGCGCAACGAGGAUGAGGGCGAGGUCUACGCACCCGUGGUCAUGUGGCUCGAGGCCCUAGACCUGGUGCUUAGCCGGUUAGUAGAGAAAAAGUGCCCCGUUGAGAACAUUCGCGGUAUUUCCGGUUCGUGCCAGCAGCAUGGCAGCGUCUUUUGGAACGCCCACGCCGAGGGCGCCUUGGGAGCAUUGGACGGUGGCAAGACCCUCCAUGAGCAGCUCAACCAUGUCUUUGCCUACGAGUUUGGGCCCAACUGGCAGGAUCACAGCACCCAGAAGGAGUGCGACUUGUUCGACAGCCAUCUUGGCAAUGCGGAGAAGCUGGCAGAGGUGACCGGUAGCUCAGCUCACCAUCGAUUUACUGGAACACAAAUCUUGCGCAUGCGCAGGAGAAGACCACAGGUUUACUCCGAGACUGCGCGGAUAUCCCUCGUAUCCUCGUUUCUGGCGUCGGUACUGUUGGGCACGAUCGCGCCUCUGGAUAUUGGUGACGUCACCGGCAUGAAUCUUUGGGAUAUUCCAAACCACAAAUGGGACGAGUCGCUGCUCGAGCUCACGGCCGGCUCCAAGGACGCCGUGCCGGAGCUGCGCCAGAAGCUGGGCGAGGCGCGCCAGGACGGUGGCGGCAGCAUGGGCGCCAUUUCGUCCUACUUUGUCACCAAGUACGGCUUCAGCAAGGCAUGCCAGGUCGCCCCGUUCACGGGCGAUAACCCGGCCACCAUUAUGGCGCUGCCGCUGCGACCGCUCGACGCCAUCGUCUCGCUCGGCACCUCGACGACAUUCCUCAUGGUCACGCCGACGUACAAGCCGGACCCGUCGUACCACUUUAUGAACCACCCGGCCAACCCCGGCCAGUACAUGUUUAUGCUGUGCUACAAGAACGGUGGACUUGCUCGGGAAAUUGUGCGCGAUACCUUGGAGAAGCCCAGCGACGCGACCGACCCCUGGGCCACAUUCAACAAGAAUGUGUUGGACACGCCUGCGCUGGGCGUCACCCCCGACUCGGGCGACCGCGCAAAGCUGGGUCUAUACUUUCCCCUGCCCGAAAUCGUUCCCAACAUCAAGGCGGGAACCUGGAGAUACACAUCCAAGCAGGACGGCUCGGAUCUACACGAGGAAACGCAAGGUUGGGACUCUUCGCUUGACGCACGAGCGAUUGUCGAGUCGCAGGCCCUCUCGAUGCGCCUGCGUUCGCAGAACCUCGUCUCGGGCCAUGGUAAACUGCCCGCUCAGCCGCGCCGCAUCUACCUUGUUGGUGGUGGUUCCCUCAACCCGGCAAUCCAGCGCGUGAUCGGUGAUGUAUUAGGAGGUGUUGACGGAGUCUACAAGCUCGAUGUGGGCGGCAACGCCUGCGCUCUAGGCGGUGCUUACAAGGCUGUCUGGGCUCUGGAAAGAAGCGAAGGCGAGAGCUUUGACGAGCUCAUUGGCAAGAGGUGGACCGAGAAGGGGGCUAUCGAGAGAGUUGGCCAGGGAUACCGGGAGGGUGUCUUUGAAAAGUAUGGAGACGUGCUCGGCGCAUUUGGAGAGAUGGAGAGCAAGAUUCUACAAGUCGCUCACAACUAG